CUUGAAAUUCAAUUCUAACUCCUGCUGCAGCUUGAAACCUGGAACUUCAUUCUUCUAAACCCCUAAAUCUCACUGGCUUCAUUAUCGCAUCGAUCGUCCUAAGCUCUUCCGUAUCAAUUCCAAACAACCUCCAAAAUGGCUUGCGGUUCCUCCAAAUGUCUCUACGACCGCAACGGUCCCGGCAGCGCUGCCACUUCGAUCGCCGAGUCCAUCAUCAAGCCCUCCGAGGCCACGGGUACCAAAACCAAGUGUAUUGAGUGUGGCGACUACGAAUGCUGCUGUAUCCCCUGCACCAUCUUGUAAAGGGGGGUCGAAUAACGAUAUGCGUCGCGAGGCAACAAUGCCGGGUGUUUAUUGUUUGAUAAUUGAGCUUUAUAGUCCUUUGUGCGUUGCGAUGCUGCUGGGAAACAUAGCGCAGCUGAAGAGUGUAUAUUGAAUCAACGACUCAGACGAAGUUUAUGACCGCCUUUUGACAACCCGAAGCCUGGCUUGAUGCGUGUGCACUUGUAUGCGCAUAUAUGUUGAGGUUCGCUCCAUGCCGCAUACAUCUCGACCUUGGCUGUGUGAAUCCCGUUUUUUGUAAACUCUCCAAAAUGCCCAUUACAUAAGGUUUUGUGAUAGAAUUCGCCUCGCUCCAAAACUCCAGCUGCGAUCAUCCUUGGGGACUAAUUUCUGAGAUGAUAUGACAAAUAGCUGCCCAAUGUGGGAUGACUGUCUCGUUCGUUGGGAAGUUGAUCUUUGCAACUCCCUUGAUAAUAAUCUGGCGAUGUGGACAAUAUCUCAUGCCUGUUCCAAUACCCGCCCUUAAGUAAAUAAGGCAUCUGUGGCCGCCCACACGUCUGCUUCUCUUUGUUUCGCCAAUGCCUCCAAAUCUUCCUCCUCGGUGUUCUGUCCUAAAGCCUUGGGCACAUCCGGUACGCUUAGGCUGCCCAAGCCAUCGAGUACGCGGCGUGCCUUGUCCACCUGUAUCCGUAUGGCCAUGGUCUCAGCCCGCGUGCGGUCUAGGUGCUCUUGCAUGAGCGCAAUGACUGAUUCGCGUGCUUGAU